ACAGCGGACGACAGCGACAGUGCUGCACACGGCGCGUUCAGGAAAAGGACGGCAUCCGUUCGCGCAUGCGCAAUGAUUCCUGUGCCUCUUGGGUGAAGGAAAGGAGGUGGUGGUGGGUUGCGAGAGUCCGUCGGUAACGUCAGGAUGUGGUACGAGAUCCUGCCUUCCCUGGCUGUCAUGUAUGUGUGUUUGACUAUUCCUGGUCUCUCCACCCUGUGGAUCCAGAGAUACACGAACGGGGGAAAGGAGAAGAGGAUUGCUCGGAACCCCUAUCAGUGGUACCUGAUGGAAAGGGACAGGCGUGUUUCCCAAACCAAUCGCUACUAUGAAUCAAAGGGCUUGGAGAACAUUGACUAAGCCAAUGGAGUGAUAAAUUCUACUGAAACCAGACUAGUAUCAAUAAACUCGUAUUUGUCAAA